CUGUCAGUAUUCAAAAUGACUGGAGAACUACAGAAAUGGCUGUGCAUUUUGGUUUUUUUGCUGAUAUUAUUGAAAAAAACUAAAAGCUCCUCUAUUACCAUUACAUAUGUUGAAAGUGCUGUGGCUAAAGGAGGAGUUUGUUUGGAUGGAAGCGCACCUGCAUACCAUUGGGAUAGAGGAUCUGGAGAUGGAAUUAACAAUUGGCUAGUUCAUUUAGAGGGAGGAGCAUGGUGCAGUAGCAGAGAGACUUGUCUCGCUCGGAAAGAUACCCGACUCGGCUCCUCCAAACUAAUGUCGAAACAGGUCGUUUUUUCUGGGAUUUUUAACAACAAGAAGGUGUUAAACCCUGAUUUUUACAACUGGAAUCGAGUCAAGGUUCGAUAUUGCGAUGGCUCGUCGUUCACCGGCGACAUAGAAGACGUUGACCCUGAAACGGGACUUUACUACCGUGGGGCGAGGGUCUUUGCUGCAGUAAUGGAGGACUUAUUUGAGAAAGGAAUGUCGAACGCUCAAAAUGCACAAAAUAUGUUGCAAGACAUUCAGACACCCCUUUUCUUUGUAAAUGCUGCUUAUGAUUCAUGGCAGAUUAAGAACAUCCUGGCAUCUGGAGCUGCUGAUCCACAUGGCAAGUGGAACGCUUGCAAGGCUGCGAUAACGAAAUGUUCGCCGGAUCAAAUCGAAAUCAUGCAAAGUUACAGACAACAAUUCAUAGAAUCGUUAAUAAACGCUUUGGAUUCGUCCGAGUCGGCAGGAUACUUCAUCAACCCUUGCUACACGCACUGCCAAACCGAAACACAGGAAACGUGGCUUAGUCAAGGCUCUCCCCUGACAAUAGCUAAAGCAGUGAGAGAUUGGUAUUACGACCGGAGUUUGUUUCAGGGUAUCGAUUGCCAGUAUUCUUGCGACAAAACGUGCUACAAUCAGACUUUUGAGCCUUCAGAAAUGUAA